AUGAACUCGACACGCCGGGCUUCAAAAGCGGCAAAGUCAACAAUCAAUUACCACAGGUUUUCAUUAGAUGAGCACCACUUAUUUGAGCCGGAUGCUUUGAUUACUAAGGAGCGAGAUGCCAAUCAUCAAUCAAGGCAAAGCUCGCAAUCUUGCAGAACACAUGCUUACAGAAGAUUGACCACUCCCCAGUUUGUAUCUGCAUUGACUGGAAUUUGGAAUCUUGUUGGCCAGCCUGAAUCAUCUGGCACAACUCAAAGAUCUGAUAUUCAUGGGACUUCGAGUAGGGAAGACCCUGUGUGCUUUAGCAGGGAUCAACAAGGAAAUAUACUGACACCUUGCUGUGUGGAAAGCUCAAGUGGUCCGAGAUCUCAAAACUGCUUGUCUACACCAAAAGAAAUUUAUGAGGAUCUUAUCUCGGUAAAGAAGAAGAUGUUAACGCUGACACCAUUCGGUAGUGUUGUUGGUGCAUCAUCCACAUGGAGGCAUAUGCAUUCCUCAAAUAAGGUUGGAGGUGCACAUUAUUUGCAAUUUGGAACUAUAUACUCUAUGCAAACCGAAAAGAUGGAAAAAAUUGGGACUUCUCAGAGUAGCAAAAGAAGCAUGUGUGAGGAAACUUGUGCUGGUUCCAACAAUAUGGACAUUAGGGACGAUAGCUAUUCGAAUCAAACAAGAAGCACGCCUAAUGAGCUAUUUACUAUCUCAAAUGAAGAAUCUAGCAGUACACAUGAUUGUGAAAGUUCUGGACACAAUACUGAGUGCAAUCUACAAAAUUUUCAAGAAGAUUCGAAUUUUUUAGCUUGCCCAGUUCACGAAUUGGAAAUUGCCAAAGAUGUGAGGAUAAUGCCAGGGAAUCAAGUUGUCAGUAAGGCAUGCACAGAUGUUCAGCUUGACGAAUCAGAACACAUGUCUUGUCUGGUGGGUGAUGCUGCUGUUCUUAAUUCAGCAAAUGCAGAUGAAUGUGCUUGUAGGGAUGAUGUGUGUCUGCGGCUUUCUGUAGACCAGUGUUCACAAGAGCUCCAACCAACUUUUCAGCAUCGAUUUGAUGGUGCUGUUACCGUAAACAGGCAUGCUGUGGCAGGAGCAUUAGCUGGGACAGCAGUCAGUGCUUCUUUGCAUCCAAUUGAUACUGUGAAAACAAUAAUUCAGGCUAACAGUUGUGGACAAAGUUCAGUCUACCAUACACUAAGGCGCACCCUUGUUGAGAGAGGUGUUCUGGGGCUAUAUGGAGGACUUGCUAGCAAACUUGCUUGUUCUGCACCAAUUUCUGCAAUUUAUACCUUAACUUAUGAAACAGUAAAGGGGGCUCUUCUGCCUGUUUUUCCAAAGGAAUAUCAUUCAAUUGCACAUUGUGCUGCCGGUGGCUGUUCUAGUAUUGCAACAUCCUUUGUUUUUACACCCAGUGAAUGCAUAAAACAACAAAUGCAAGUGGGUUCCCAUUAUCAGAACUGCUGGAAUGCUUUAGUAGGAUGUCUCAAAAAGGGUGGCAUUGCUUCAUUAUAUGCUGGAUGGGGUGCUGUUCUUUGUAGAAAUAUCCCACAUUCCAUAGUAAAGUUUUAUGCCUAUGAGAGUCUGAAGCAGUCUCUGUUGAAAUCAGCACCUGAUAGUGCCAAACUCAAUUCUGGCCAAACGCUUUUAUGCGGAGGUUUUGCUGGGUCAACUGCUGCUCUCUGUACGACUCCAUUUGAUGUUGUCAAGACACGAGUGCAAUUACAGGCACUCAGCCCUGUUAGCAAGUAUGAUGGGGUUGUUCAUGCACUAAAAGAAAUUUUUCGGCAUGAAGGUUUGUGUGGUCUUUACAGGUACAAAAAUUUGCCAGAGGCAUACCAAGCUAGUUAA